AACAACUUGUUGGCAUAAUAACCGCCAAAUUCAAUUGACUCAUUUCUCUGACGAUUUCUUGUUAUCCGCAAAAAACUAUUUGAUAGUGGAUUUCUUUAAGCUUGAUUACAUUUUUAGCUUAUCGGUUACGAUUACAUUUACACAUAGUUUAUUGUGGGAAUAGAUUACUUAAUAGUUGACUAUCAAAGUGACGUGUGUAAACGAUAAUCUUUUGCCCUUUCAAGAUUGAAUAAUAUUUAUCAAGUUAGGUGAUUAUCUCUCCGCAUUUAUUGUGAGUAUUCCAAGAUGGGUGUUUUACAUUUUUAUAGAAUUCCAGGUUUGUCUGAAGGACAAAAAGCUGCAAAAUUAAAAGAACUUCAAGAAACUACAACAGAAAUAGUUGACCUUAGUAGUGAAAUAUGUUUUAAUAUAAGUGUUUGUCAACCUUUGGAUUCAGAUGAGAAAAAAAAACUGCUUUGGCUUCUAUCAUGUCCUUUAAUUCCAGAAAAUACACGAGAGGAUUCCUUUUUAAAUAACUGUCCUGGCAAGAGUUUAAUUGAGAUUGGGCCUAGGUUGAACUUUUCAACUGCAUUUUCAAGCAAUGCUGUAUCUAUUUGUCAUUCAAUGGGCUUGAAGAAGGUUGUAAGGCUUGAAGUUUCAAUUAGAUAUCUGAUUCAUUGGUCUAACCAAAUGAAUUUAAAUACGUCUUUAUUACAGGAGGCUACUUCAUUGCUCCAUGACAGAAUGACAGAAUGUCAGUAUUAUGAACCCAUUAAAAGUUUCAACCAUGGUAUUAUUCCUGAAAAAUGGACUGUAGUUGAUUUGAUGAAUGGAGGUCGCAAGGCCCUGGAAGAUUUAAAUGUGAAAUUAGGUUUGGCAUUUGAUGAUUGGGAUUUGGAUUAUUACUACUGUUUGUUCAAAGAUAAAUUAAAAAGAAAUCCAACUAGUGUUGAAUGUUUUGAUUUAGCUCAGUCCAAUAGUGAACAUAGCCGACACUGGUUUUUCAAGGGAGAAAUGGUGAUAAAUGGUGAAAUCCAGUCUAAAUCUUUGAUUGAUAUGAUUAUGGAAACACAAAACUUUUCAAAUUCCAAUAAUGUUAUAAAAUUUUCUGAUAAUAGUAGUGCAAUUAGUGGUUAUGAAGUAACAAAACUCCUGCCUAGCGAAGUUCACGAACCUAGUGCUUUUAAAACAUCACUUGCUUUUAAUCAUCUUACAUUCACUGCUGAAACUCAUAAUUUUCCUACUGGUGUGUCUCCAUUCAGUGGAGCCACAACUGGAACUGGUGGGCGUAUCCGUGAUGUACAAGCAGUUGGAAGAGGAGGAUAUUGCAUUGCAGGAACAGCUGGGUAUUCUGUUGGAAAUCUUUUGAUACCAGGUUAUGAACAACCUUGGGAAAAUUCCAAUUACAUUUAUCCUGCUAAUAUUGAGAAACCAUUAAAAAUAUUAAUAGAAGCUAGCAAUGGAGCGUCUGAUUAUGGUAAUAAAUUUGGUGAACCAUUAAUUGCUGGUUUUACUAGAAGUUUCGGUCUUGAAGAUCAUUCUGGUGAAAGAAGAGAGUGGAUAAAGCCUAUUAUGUUUAGUGCUGGAAUUGGUGUGAUGAACGCUGAUCAAGUGACCAAAAUGACCCCGGAAAGAGGUAUGCAAGUAGUAAAAGUAGGAGGUCCAGUUUACCGCAUUGGAGUGGGUGGUGGUUCAGCCAGCUCAGUUCAAGUCCAUGGAGAUAAUAAAUGUGAAUUAGAUUUUAAUGCUGUGCAAAGAGGAGAUGCUGAAAUGGAAAACAAAAUGAAUCGAGUCAUAAGAGCUUGUCUUGAAGCAGCAAAAAACCCUAUUUGUAGUAUUCAUGAUCAAGGAGCUGGAGGAAAUGGUAAUGUUUUGAAGGAAUUGGUUGAGCCUAUGGGUGCUGUUGUAUUUUGCAAUGCAUUUACUCUUGGUGAUGACAGUAUUAGCACUUUAGAGCUGUGGGGGGCAGAAUAUCAAGAAAGUAAUGCCAUUCUUUUAAAGCCUGAAGAUGAAACAAUCUUAUUGAAACUUUCACGUAGAGAAAGAUGCCCAAUUGAUAUUGUGGGUGUUGUGACAGGAACUGGAAAGGUAGUUUUAUCUGAAGAAGAGGACAUUGAUACAAACAAAUAUUUAAAUAAUGAUAGUUUAUCAUCUGUCAGUUAUCCAUUUAAUCUCGAUUUAGAGUUGGUUUUGGGAAAAAUGCCAAGAAAAAAAUUUCUGCUGGAGGACAUAUCACCUAUACCACGACAAUUGUUUGUUUCUCCAGAAAUAACUGUUCUUCAAGCUUUGAAUCAUGUCUUACGUCUAGUUACAGUAUGUAGUAAAAGAUUUCUGACAAAUAAAGUCGAUAGAUGUGUAACAGGUCUUAUUGCUCAGCAGCAAUGUGUUGGACCUUUACAUACCCCUUUAUCUGAUUGUGCUGUCACAGCUAUAUCGAUGUUUAAUACGGAAGGUAUUGCAACAUCUAUCGGGGAACAGCCACUGAAAGGGCUUGUAAAUCCUUCUGCUGGCGCUAGAAUGACUGUUGCAGAGGCUCUUACUAAUUUAAUGUUUGCUAAAAUAUCUUGUUUGGAGGAUGUUAAAUGUUCUGGUAAUUGGAUGUGGGCUGCUAAAUUACCUGGUGAAGGAGCUGCAUUAUAUAGAACAUGUCAAUCCAUGUGUGACUUUAUGUCUCAGUUAGGCAUAGCUGUUGAUGGUGGAAAGGAUUCUCUUAGUAUGGCAGCUCGUGUUAAUGAUAAAACAGUUAAAUCACCAGGAUCAUUAGUAAUUUCAACCUAUGCACCCUGUCCUGAUGUAAGAGUUGUAAUUACACCUGACAUUAAAAGCCCGUCAGAAGGCAAUGUUGGCUCACUUAUUUGGGUCUCUUUAUCUGAUAAACAUCGCCUUGGUGGUUCUGCUUUUGCACAGUGUUUUUCACAAAUAGGUUCCUGCUCACCAGAUGUUGAGAAUCCACUUUUGCUGAAAGAAGCUUUUAAAAUCACUCAAAAAUUAAUCUCAGAGGGGAAAAUAUUAGCCGGUCAUGAUAUAAGUGAUGGUGGUUUGAUUACAUGUGUUUUGGAAAUGGCUUUUGGAGGCUUAUCAGGUUUAGAUAUAAAAAUGGAUAUGAAACCUUCCCCAAUAGAAAUUUUAUUUGCUGAAGAAGUCGGGUGGAUUAUGGAAGUCCGUAAAGAAGACAUGAAAUAUGUCAUAGAUAAGUAUGAAACUCAUUCUGUAAAAACUCAGUACAUUGGUGAAGCUACUGGAUUUGGUAUGGAUUCUAAGGUUACUUUUCGGGACAAUGAAGACAAAGUAAUUCUUGAAAAUAAGCUAUACACAUUUUACCAAAUGUGGGAAGAGACUAGUUAUCAAUUAGAAUGUAAACAAGCAAAUAUAGAAUGUGUAACUGAAGAAUUCUUAAACUUGAAGGACAGAAGUGGACCUAAAUAUUGUGUUUCUUUUAAUCCUGAUGAACAGCUUAUACCUCGUUUGAAAUUAACUUCACUUCCCCGUGUUGCAGUUAUACGAGAAGAAGGUACAAACGGUGACAGAGAAAUGGCAGCUGCUCUUUAUAUGGUUGGCUUUGAGACGUGGGAUGUCACAAUGCAGGACUUAUUAGAUAAAAAAGUUACUACCGAUACCUUUCAUGGCAUUAUUUUCCCAGGAGGAUUUAGUUAUGCUGAUGUUCUUGGUUCUGCUAAAGGAUGGUCAGCAUGCUUAUUAUUCAAUGAAUUUCUAAGAGUACAAUUCACAGCUUUUAAAAAUCGCCCUGAUACAUUUAGUUUAGGAGUUUGCAAUGGUUGUCAACUAAUGAGUUUAUUGGGAUGGAUAGGCUCAGAUAAAACUGAUUCUGAUCAAUGCGUCUCUAAAAUGAAGCCCAGUGUUUUCUUGGCUCCUAACCUUUCUGACAGAUACGAGUGCCGGUUUGUUAAUGUAAAGUUUGAAAAGUGUCCUGCUAUAAUGUGCAAAAAUAUGGAAGGCAGUGUAUUUGGAGUAUGGAUUGCUCAUGGUGAAGGACGUUUUACCUUCAAAAAUGAUCAAACUUUAAAAUAUAUUGAGGACCACAAUUGUGUUUCAUUUCGUUAUGUUGAUGAUGAUAGUCAUCCCACUGAAAAUUACCCCUUAAAUCCAAAUGGCAGUAAAGGUGGAAUAGCUGGCAUUUGCUCAGAAGAUGGGAGACAUUUGGCGUUAAUGCCGCAUCCUGAAAGGUGUGUUCUAAUGUGGCAGUGGCCUUAUGUACCACCUAAUUUCAGGAAUUUUCAAACAUCACCAUGGUUAAGAUUGUUCCAAAAUGCUUAUGUUUGGGUAAAUGAAAAAUGUUGAAAAUAAAUUAAAUAAAAAACCUUCACUCCAUCCUCAAAAAAAAAAAAAAAACUCAAGUGGUAAAGUAAUAAAUUAAUAUUUGUAUUGAUUGAUACAAAACUAAUGAGCCAUUUUUGUUAUUAUGAUGUAUUUUUAAAAAUAAAUAUUAUACCAAACCU